CGAUGGCCGCUGCACGCACCGCCCUGCCGCUGCUCCUUCUGUGGGCCGCUGCUGUCUCAGCUGAACCAUCUACUGCUGGUGGCAACAGAAACACUCAGUCGGCUAAACCAUUAAUUGUAGGCGGCAGUAGAGCUCAAAUAGGAGAGAUUCCGUGGCAAGUGUCAAUACACGAAAACAAUAGACAUCUAUGUGGUGGCUCUAUUUUGGACUCUGAGUGGGUGCUGACAGCAGCACAUUGCUUUCUGGAUAACGACCCUAGUCCAUACCUUGUAAAAGCUGGUUUUAUUGACCAAAACAAUCCUGGCAGUACACUGCAAAAUUCCAGUGUUACAAAAAUCAUCACACAUGAGGGAUACAUCAUGAAUGAAUUGCCAUACGAUAUUGCACUGAUGAAACUGAGCACUCCUUUCACACUGAAUAGCUAUGUAUCUGCUAUUUCACUUCCAACUAGCUCUGCUUUCAAAGCACAAGGCAUAGCAACAGAUAGUGGCUGGGGUGCAACUCAAGAGGAUGGAGCGCCUUCUCAAUUUCUGUAUAAAGUACAGGUACCAAUAAUGACAUCAGAUAUGUGCCUAGAGUAUUACGGUGAAGAUUUUGAUACAAACAUCCUACUGUGUGCUGGUUACCCUGAUGGAGGGAAGGAUUCUUGCCAGGGAGACUCGGGUGGGCCAAUGACAUGUAGUGAGUCUGGUUCAACAACUCCUCUUCUCUGUGGUAUAAUAGCAGCAGGACAGGGAUGUGGAAGGAAGGACUACCCAGGAAUUUAUACUAAUGUUGCUGCAUACCUCAGCUGGAUUGCAAACAAUAAAAACUGAAACACACUAAUACUGUAUUCUGAUUUUUCAUUUUACAAUUGUUUUUUAAAGUUGAUUAUUGACUGAGCAUUAUUUUCUCUAACUCUUGAGUGGGCACACCUAUGUAUAAUGUACACCAACCAUAAAAAAAACAUUGUGUUGCACUGUUCCAUUGUUGUUUUACAACUGUGAGUCCAUGCCUAUUCCUUUAUUAUUGCUGCAGCUAAUGCAGUGAUAAGUUGGGCUGUUAUACAUCUAAGUGAGCACCAGUAAUAUAAAAUAAAAGCAAGCCAGGAGAGAAAAAAUUUACAACCCACGCAUUACGAGUUAGCACCACAAUCCUGCAAUGAGGCAGUUGCCUAUGAGAUAAUUGGUACUCAAAUAAUCAGUUGGCUGGGAUCUGUUUCAAAUGUGCUGUUUAAUGCUUUGAGUGGGUCAUUACUUUGGUAUAAGACUUGUACAUAAAAGUUUAUUUUACUGUUGUUCAAUUAAAUCAUGUUUUAGCUCAUGUAAUGUAAGUUUAUUUUCUGGUUGUGUGACAAAGAUUAAACUGUGAUUUUGUGCAUAUAUGUUUACCCAGUUAACAUAAGGACAGCUAUUCUUUACAUGUAUACAAAGAAUGCCACACAGUCACUGAAAGACUUUUAAGGAGCAAAAUAGCAGCAGAAUGGCACAACAAAACAAGGAUUCAAAAAAUAUCCAAUUACAUUAAUACAAAGACAUUCAGUUAAUGGUUUAUCUAAUUUGUCACACUGAAGGAUGAUGAUAAAACAAAAUGGACAAAUAAUUAGGGUUAGUUAUAAAAUAGAUAAUGCAAUAGCAAUGAACACAAUACACUGAGAAUUUCUCAUGACAAAUUGUGCAAGAACAAUAGGUACAAGUUUUAAUAAAAAUAUUUGAUGAAGA